GCCAUCUCUUACCAUUCCUGCACAAUCUGUUCUCUGUUGUCUCAACUGCGGGUAAACUUGCCUCUAACAAAUUCAAUUCAUUAUGUCUAGCAACAUAGACUUUCUAAGGAGGACUGACCGUUCAUACCCGAGAAGAGGUAGAGAUGGGUGGAGAGGUGGCAGAAGCCAAAGGUCAUCAGUUCCUCGUGCUCCACCUCCACCGUUGGGGGAGAUUAUUGCUACACUUGAAUACGAUGAUCUUCAAGAUGACACAACCAAAACCCAUCAUCCUGCUCGAAUCACCGAUACACAGUAUUUGACGUCUUAUAAUUGGGUCCGUGGAGGAAGUGGAAUCAUCGUUCCAGGUGAGCCCCCGCAAUGGACACCCCGUCCUGAACCCAGCCAACUGCAGGAGGACUCCGGUGAUUACUUUCGCGACUUGAAUGCCGCACGGCAUCCCAAUUAUCCGUUAGAGCCGAUGAUCCGCGCCAUACUGGCGGACAAACCGGAUUAUCGAGUCCAGGAUUUGGACGUUGUGGCCUGUGCCAGCACGCUUGGAAAUCUACUGAGAUUUGCGCGCGGCGAUAGCCUUUCGUUUAGAAUGUUAGUCGAGGUCAUCGGCAACACAGUCUUCUUUAUUAGGAGGGAGAACUCGCCUUGGGAACUCAUCACAGAUGUGCAUGGGUAUGGACACACCUUUCCAGAGGCAUAUACAACAUGGACCAAAGAUGUUCGGACGUCGGAAUCUCACCAACGGCUCAUAAACUAUGAAUUCGCCAACAUGAACGUCUUGAUGCGGUUCGAAGCCGAUGGUUUUCUUCCCGAAUUAGUCCCUAAAUCAGGUCUCGCUGCUCAGGAAAAUCCGAUCCAUGGUGAAAGUGACGCGGAGCUCGAAGAUGUCUUAGCUUCUAUCACAGCGGCUACGAUCACAACCAACCACUCUUCAGCUACCAUCGACGACAGGAAUCCAAGUGCUCUGGAAAUCUCCAAGGCCGGUCGCUAUAUUCCACAGUGCGCGAUCUUUGACUUGAAGACGCGCUCUGCGAGAAAGUCUAAGACCGACAUCCUUCAAGAACAGAUGAGCCGGCUGUGGAUCAGACAAGUUCCACAUCUCGUGCUCGCAUUUCACAACACUGGGAGGUUUGAUGAUGUUCGAGUCAUGGAUGUGCAAGAGAACUUGAAGAAUUGGGAAGAAUCCCAACAGCCGUCUUUGCAGAGGUUUGCUAUUUUAAUGCAGAUGGUUACAUCCUUCGUUCGUAGCGCGGAGGUUGGAAAGCUUGAAGUUGAACAUAACAUCAAUGGAGAGGAAAAAGGAGUUCUGAAUUUUCGAAUUCCUGGCGGUACUGUCAACUCUGUAUUGCCGCCAGAUUUGAUCUAUUUUCCGUCAGAUAUCUCUCAAGUGUAUUGCAUUGUUGAGGAAGUUAAUAAGAUUUAA